AUGUUAGGUGUAUUUGGGAUUUCCAGUAAGCCUUAUGAAAAGUAUGUAUGGAAUGGCAAGCUCCUGGAGGCAGUAAAAAAUACUGUUCAUCGUGACUGGCUGCUGUAUAUUAUUCAUGGAUUCUGUGGGCAAUCAAAACUAUUAAUAUACGGUCGCCCUAUAUACGUCACUCUGAUAGCCAGAAGAUCAAGCAAAUUUGCUGGAACACGUUUUCUGAAACGAGGAGCAAACUGUGAGGGAGAUGUUGCUAAUGAAGUGGAAACUGAACAAAUACUUUAUGAUGCUUCAGUUAUGUCAUUUUCUGCAGGAAGUUAUUCUUCCUAUGUUCAGGUUCGAGGAUCUGUCCCCCUGUACUGGUCUCAAGAUAUUUCAACUAUGAUGCCUAAGCCACCCAUAACGUUGGACCAAGCAGAUCCUUUUGCACAUGUUGCUGCUCUUCACUUUGACCAAAUGCUUCAGAGAUUUGGCUCUCCCAUUAUUAUUUUGAAUCUUGUGAAGGAACGUGAAAAAAGAAAGCAUGAAAGGAUUCUUAGUGAAGAGCUUGUUGCUGCUGUGACAUAUCUCAACCAGUUCUUACCCCCAGAGCAUGCAAUUAUAUAUAUACCCUGGGAUAUGGCCAAAUACACUAAAAGCAAACUUUGCAAUGUCCUUGAUAGACUGAAUGUGAUUGCAGAAAGUGUAGUAAAGAAGACUGGAUUUUUUGUAAAUCGACCUGAUUCCUACUGUAGUAUCUUGCGGCCAGAUGAAAAGUGGAAUGAACUAGGAGGUUAUGUUGCUUCCACUGGUCGCUUGCAGACUGGACUUCUGCGAACCAAUUGUGUGGACUGUUUGGAUCGCACUAACACAGCCCAAUUCAUGGUGGGAAAAUGUGCUUUGGCAUACCAACUCUAUUCGUUGGGAUUGAUCGAUAAACCUAAUUUACAAUUUGAUACAGAUGCUGUUAGGUUAUUUGAGGAAUUAUAUGAAGAUCAUGGAGACACGCUUUCUCUGCAAUAUGGAGGUUCUCAGCUUGUCCACAGAGUAAAAACCUAUAGAAAGAUAGCUCCAUGGACUCAACAUUCCAAAGAUAUUAUGCAAACACUCUCGAGAUACUAUAGUAAUGCUUUCUCAGAUGCAGACAGGCAAGAUUCGAUCAAUCUCUUUCUGGGAGUAUUCAAGCCUACAGAAGGAAAACCUCAUCUCUGGGAACUUCCCACUGAUUUUUAUUUGCAUCACAAGAACACCCUCAGUCUGUCACAAACCAGGCGAAGCUAUACUUACUGGUGGACCACAGGUGUGCUAAAGCAUUUACCUCUUCCUUUUGACGAAGUGACAUGUGCUGAAAACAGACACAAGUUGACAGUGAAGAAAUUCCACAAGUACGAUGAGGAAAUUGAUAUCCACAAUGAGUUUUUCCGGCCUUACGAGUUGAGCAGUUUUGAUGAGACCUUCUGCUUAGCAAUGACCAAUUCUACACGAGAUUUUAUGCCUAAGAAUGUGGGGAUUGAUCCAAGUCCAUUUACUGUUCGUAAACCUGAUGAAACUGGAAAAUCAGUGUUGGGGAACAAAAGUAAUAGAGAAGAAACUGUGCUGCAGCGCAAAACAGCUGCCAGUGCUCCACCACCCCCAAGUGAGGAAGCGGUGUCAAGUAGUUCUGAAGAUGAUUCUGGGACAGACAAAGAAGAUGAAGGUGCUGUUUCUCAACGUUCAACUCCAGUAAAGGUGACUGAUACAGGAGAUAAUACAAAAAUCACAGAGAAUGUAGUGCAAUCAACAAAAGAUGUGUAUGGAGUCAAUCUUUCAGAUGUUCCUUCGGAAGAUGAUCUCACAAUAUACGCUAGGUUUGUUCAGCUGGGACAGAGUCAGUAUAAGCAAGACAAGAGCAGCCAGCAAUUUUGCUCAAAACACCACUUGGAUAGGGUUAUAAAUUUAAUACCCAUCUCUUCUUUUUCUCAAGACAACAUUUAUGAAGUCCAACCUCCAAGAGCUGAUAGGAAAUCAAUAGAGAUUUUUCACGCGCACAUUCAGGCUGGAAGAGGAAACAUGCAGCCCCUGGGAAAAGAUGACUUCCUCAUGUACAGAGAGUACAUUCGAAACAGAUACAUGUAAAUACGAGAUGGAUUCUCCUGCCAAGUCUACUAUACUGAUGGGUCAUAAAAAUAAUUUUAGAAAGGAAACCUAAUUUGGUAUUUUGCAGUAAUAAAUUUAUUAUCUAACGUUUCUAUUUAUUAUGCUUUACAAUAGUACAUUUACACUAGUGUGCUUUACAGGAAAAAAAGAAAAGUGAUUUAAUAUCUGUUCUUCAACUGAAAGAGAAAGUGUAUCUUAAGAGACUAAGUGAAUGGUCAGAGCACCUACAGUCACUGAAGAGUAUGUAACAACUUAUGGCAAAGAAAGCAUUACAUUUUUAGGUUUUAUAUUCAUUUCUUACCUUGUUAUGUUUGCUAGUGAAGUUGAAGUUAUUUGUACAUACAGCUCAGAAGAUAACUUUUCUUCCUUUUUGUUCCAUGAUAGCAAACAAUCUUAUUUUAUAACAGAAUAUUUUCUGAUAUUUCUUGAAAUUUUUAGCAAACUAAGUGCUAAAAUGACUACUUGUAAUUUUCUGUUUUCUUAAGCAAAAGUAGAAAUAUUGUGGCUUCUGUCAAAAUCAAAAAUUGC